CGUGUUGAAGGCGGAAAAUCACCGCUCUAUUACGCCUCUCAUCAACACCACUCCCUACCUACCUAUCACCACUCACCAAUCCCAAUCCCUCCCAUCCCUCAACUCUUUCAAAUCACUGAACCGCCAAAACCCCCAAAACUCACAAACCUCAUAAACCUCACAAAAAAGAAAAAUGACAACCCUCCUCCGCCCCCUCCGUCCCCAAACCCUCGGACUAGGUCUCGGCAUCUCCCUCUUCAUCGGCCAUCAAAUCGUUAAUCUGAACCGCUCGCCUAUCAAGCUGGAUAGUGGGAAUGGAGGACUAUUGGAGUCGUACAGACAGAAUGCGAAGACGCCUGUUGUCAAGAGAGGUGGGGGCUUGAAUCCUCGGGCUGUGGGACAGAUUAGUGGGGGGAGUAUUGCUGGUAUGUUUUUGUUUUUUUUUAUAUAUUUUAUGGUUUUGUGGUUUUUUGGGGGGGGAAGAGGGGGUGAGAUGGGGGUGGAUGAGAGAUGAAGAGUAGGUGGAGAUGAGAGAGAGUAAGAGGAAGAGUAAGGGGAAGAGGAAAAUUGUUUGGGGAGUCACUAUUCAUAUUCAUAUUCAUAUUCACAUUCACAUUCUUGUUUUUGUUACUACCAUCACAAAACAAACAGUCCCCCAAGAUCAAGAUCCAAAGAACCAAGUUGCAAGUUGCAAGUUCCAAAUAUGAAUCAUCCUACCUAUCUACCUAGGUAGUCAUCAGACAGGCUAUCUCAGUAGGUAGCUGGGGAUUUCCAAACUUCGAAAUUCCAACUCGGACUCUACAUUCUUUCUGGAUUCUCUGUAAUCUUGCGUACAGCAUGAUAAUUACAUACCUAUCAGCCCCGAUCCACACGCAUUCCUACCCCACCCUGACAGCCAUACAAGAACAAUACUCAGGAAAAAGCUAACCCACUCCUCAAAUAGGACUCUGCACCGGCCUCCUCAUCAGCACCUUCUCAAAAACCCUCACAUUACUAAUCGGGCUAAUGAUCUUAGGGAUCCAAGUAUGUCACUGUCUCUUUCCCUUGUCCCUUUUCAUCCAGGAAAACUAAUAAAAAAAGUUUGCACAAACCAAAGGCCUAAACCUAAUCCCUACAGCCAAACUCCAAAAGUACAUCUCCUCCAUCGAUCUCCGUUCCGCGGUACAGGAUAACGCCGCGUUCAAGAUCUCGUUCGGGACGGCGUUUGUGAUGGCUGCUUUUAUGAAGUUUUGAUUUUUAGUUGGGACUUGUUACUUGGUUGAGAAGGGGGUGGGGAAGUUGGCGAGUAUGUGGAGGGGUAGAGGGGCAGUGAGAUAGAGUGAUAGAUGGGGAAAUGGGGAAAUG